CCCUAAAGCUGACUCGGAAACAACUUAUGGGUCUAAUCACUCACACAGACUCUCCUUACAUCAGAGCACUAGGCUUCAUGUACAUAAGAUACACUCAGCCACCAAGUGAUCUGAUUGACUGGUACGACGGCUUCCUGGAUGAUGAGGAGGUAUGUCAUCUUGGGUAAUAAUUUGAUAUUUCUUUCUGACUUACCAGUAAAUCCUUGCACUGUACAUGUUCAAAGCUGUAUGUUCCCCACUUGUGGUGCUCAUUUAACUGAUUUUUCACCUUUGCCUUCAUUUGGCUUAAUUGUCAUUAGUUUCUGUCCUUCGAACCCAAAUUGCUAAGUUACUUGCUCGCUUCUCUGCUUCUGAGGGGUUUUUUUCUGGGUAAGUACCACACAUGAUGCUGAGUUAAUCUUUAAAGUCAGCUGUUGUAUUAAAGCAUGCUCUGUUAUUUAAGGACUUGUUGCACAAAAUCAAAUUAUAUUUGAAAUUGGUAAAUUCUCAAAAACAAACAAGCAGGAUUACACCACAUGUCAAACGUCACUGUACGUAAUUAUUUUACACAUUUUAUUUUACUAAAAUGUAAUUGUCCCACACUGUGCAACCAGGCCUCAUUUGAAGUUCCUUUGCUUUAUAUAUAUAUAUAUGAAUUGAUCCUACACAACUGGUUAAUUGCCCUGUUUUUUUCUUUAGAUGCCAAUUGUGCGGCAGGUGAAUUGGAAAAUGUAUCUCAGCACUGUUGGUUUGAGUGUGAGCUUGACGUGAAAGCAGGAGGUGGUUGUGUCAUGACCGUCGGAGAGAUGUUGCGAUCGUUUCUGACCAAACUGGAAUGGUUUUCCACCCUUUUCCCUCGGAUCCCAGUUCCAGUUCAGAAGAUUAUUGACCAGCAGAUGAAGGCAAGGCCUCGCAAGACUAUUCAAAAGGAGACAAAUGAGGAAGAAGCUGCAUUUGGUGAUUCAGGAAGGCAAGGUGAUAGACGGCGCUCCAGGACACCCAAAAAAACACCAAGCCCACGCCAGACACCCAAACGAUCGAGGAGCAGAAGCCACCACCGUGAACGAGAUCGCCGUGGCCCUAGCUUUGACCGUGAACUCGAUAGGGAGCGUGACCGGCAACGAAAGGAGAGGGAGGGCAGGGACAGAGAUAGGGAGAGAGAGAGGCGGCGUUCCCGCAGCCCAGAUAGGAACCAAGACAGACGAGAACGCAGAAGAAGUCGUAGUGGCAGCAGAGAGCGAAGAAGCGAACGGCGGGAAAAAGAAAGAGACGGUGGAGAUGACAGAAGCAGGAAGAAGGACAGGGACCACCACAAGGACAGAGGCAGUGAUAGGGAGAAGUCCAGGGAGAAAAAGAGCAGAGGGGAGAGCGACGACAGGAGACACAAAGACGACAGGGAGAGACACAAAGAAGAGAGGAAGACCAAAAGGUCCAGUCGGAGUCGCAGCAAGGAAAAAAGGCACAAGAGUGGAGAGGAGAAGACCAAGAGACGGGACCGCAGCCACAGCAGAGAGAGAGACAGGGAGAGAGAUGGAGAACGGCGGUCCCACAAACGGAGCCGUAGCAAAGACAGGAGCCACCACCAGAGGGAGUCCAGUAAUGAUCAGAAUAAUAAACAUAGUGAACGCAAGAGGAGUCGGAGCACUGAGUAAAAGUCACCUCGCAGCAAUAUUCUCUCUUUUAUUCUCUGUAUAUUUUCUACCCAGUUGUCUGAUCUGCCACUUGUGCUGAAAAGAAGGUAUUUUAGCAAAGCGGUUUCUGGAUAUGUCUCUGGAUGAUGCAAUGUUGCAUUUCUUUGUUGUUUUCUGCCUUUUUCACUCCCAAUUAUAGUCUUGUUAGUUUUUACUUGAAAUUUGGGGAAAGGCAAAUCAAAACUGUCGUUUUUAAUUUUUGUGGUUAAUUCUUCCUGCCCUGGGUUGAAGAUGAGUUUGUAUAUACAAUGUUUUGGAAGCUGUCUACGCAUAACUUUUCAGAUAGACCUUGAUGACUGCUUUGGCUGUAGUCCAUAUGUAAAAUGGAUUCUAAUCCAACAUUGACGUUUCGGUUAAAGCUGUUGUUUAGGCUGGAAAAUUGUCCCUUUUUACUGAGCCUGAGUGGAAUUGGAUUGUAUUGUCUGUAUAUCUGACCACCUUUAUCUGUUGACGUCGAAUUAGACAUUUUUUGAACAGUAUACACAGAUCCAAAUCCAUACUAUAGCUUAGUGGCCCAACACUGUCAGGUCUGUCUGUCAGUGAUUGUGUGUACUUGGCCUCAAAAUGUUUUAAUCCUUUACAGGGCUGUUUAAAAAGAGGGAAUUUAUUUUUUUGUUUUUGUUUUUUUGACCACAUGCCUGAGCUUUGCUUGUGCUGUGAUUCUGUUGUUGCUAUGAUGCAUUUUUUUUUCUAUUAAAAACACUUUUACAAA